AUGUCACAAUCUAGCAUCACGAUGGUGAAUUCAGGAAGACCCUUCAUGGGUGUGUCUUACUUCUGUCAAAAGCUGAGUAAAUGGAAAGGAAACUAUUCUCGUAUUGUCACUGUAUCGACGGACGGAGUUGCAACUUACAACCCCGACUUGUGUACGUUGACGAAUUCCUGGACUUGGGAAGAAGUAUCCGACGCGCUUCCCGAUACUACAAAAGUUAACACAUUCAUUUUGGAGAUUUGUGACAAGAAGUCAUUUUUAGCGGACACAUUCAUAGUUAGGUCGAAAUCGAAAUCGAAAUCGAAGCUUCGCUUUCGCACAGCAAAUAUAAGUGAAUUAUUAUGUGAAAUCCGUUCUCACUUACGAUCUCCGCCAUCUGAGACCAUUCCUUAUGUGUUUUCGGGAUCUUUAUUGCUUUAUCCAGAUAUUGAAAAGAAGUGUGAACUAUUAGUAGAAAACGGCUAUCUCUUGAUACGCUUUUUCGAAAGUCACUCUCGCCGCAUUUCUCUGUUUCACAUAACAGACGGAUACAUGGUGGGUCGUGACGAUAUCGUGGUUCUGUAUUACAACGGAAUUCGCCACACCUUUCGAAUUUCCGAACGCUUCGGAUUCCUUACCGCGCUCGACGAAGAAAUGCGACGCUGCGCUUUGGUUAUUGACAAGACGAAGAAGAUGGAGGAGAUUCCGGAGAGCGAUUUUGAAGUGAUGGAGGACCCGGUUUAUUCGAGCGAAGACUGUGAUGAAAAUUGA